GCUUAUCUAGCAGCGAGAGUGUGCGUGUCUGAUCCUCUCACACUCCGCAGCCGGUGUCUGGCUGUUUGGGAUGGGGAAGGUUUCAAAUGCGGAAGUUUCCACCCAUAACGCUGCCACCGCGAAGAUGAGGCUUGCAAUGACAUCUGCGCUAGCAGCGCUUUAGGAGAAGUUACCAUUCCGCAGGGAAACUGUUGCUGUACCUCCGCGGAACUGGAGUAAACUUCACAUGGCGUCUCUGGCGAGCGCAGAGCGACGUGCGUUCGCUCUGAAGAUCAACAGACACUCGUCUGCUGAGAUCAGGAGACACUUUGGUGGGACGUAUGGGUCCCCUCAGGUCUCCGUGCAACACGGUCAUCAUGGCUCCAACGCAUCUGCCACCAUGUGUUUCACCGUGCCCCAGUCGUAUGACGCGGUGGAGCCCUUGGACUUGGAGGAGUUUCUGAUGUCACAGCUGCAGGGCGGAGACUCCGCCCUCAUGCGGGAGCUCGGAGAUUUCCCUGACGACGACCUGGAAGUAGAAUAUGUGGAGAAGGAGUGUCGGACCGUACGCCACUCUGUACCCGAUGAGGGGGUGCAGCUGGAUUCCCAUGUGAAGGACUGUGUUCAGAGUUACACCCAGCCCUGGCUGAUGGUCAGCAGGAGGUGCCAGGGAGAUGGUUGGAGUGCAUAUUCCGAGCGGGCAAGUCUACACAAAACUCUGCGGAAACAGAUUUUUGAAUCCGACAUCCAGCCAGAGAAACAAGAAACACGGGUGAAGUCCCCCUCCCUGGCGGUACUGAGUGAUGACUCCGGCAGGACCCUGACCUCCUCUGACUUUGACCUCCGCUCUGGUCUGACCCCUGACCCCAGAGUGGACGGGCUACUGCGCUUCAGUAACCAUGAUGACCUGGACAGGUUCAACCUGGAAGCCCGGCAGGGGAACCGCCACGCAGACCUGUUCGCCUUGUACCCACCCACCGACGAGGAUGAUGCAGUGGAGAUCCGGCCUAUUCCCGACUGUCCCAAAGAGCACAUGGGAGACAGGAUCCUCAUCCGGUGCCAGGCCAUCAGGUUUGAGAUUGAUAUCGAGCCACUGUUUGCGACCCUGGCUCUGUACGACCUGAGAGAGAAGAAAAAGAUAUCCGAGAACUUCUACUGUGAUCUGAACUCGGAUCAGUUUAAAGGGUUCCUGAAACCCCACACGCCACAGACGGACCACUCCACCCUCUCCCGAGCAGCCAUCUUCUCCAUCACAUACCCCUCCCCAGAUAUCUACCUGGUCAUCAAGAUAGAGAAGGUGUUGCAGCAGGGGGAGAUCAGUGACUGUGCUGAACCAUACAUGGUUAUGAAGGAGAGUGACUCAGCGAAGAAUAAGGAGAAGUUGGAGAAGCUGCGCAGCCAGUCAGAGACGUUCUGUCAGAGACUGGGUCGCUACCGUAUGCCCUUCGCCUGGGCCACGGUCAACAUCAUGAACGUCAUCAGCAACGCCACACUGGACCGGGACAGCACCGACUCUGACAGCUUCAAUGGUAAAUCCAGCAGUCUGGAUAAGAGAGGCCAGCUGCCCAGGAGGAACUCUGAGAGGUUCGCUACCAUGGAAGACCAGUGUAACAUGUCUGCCUUCAAACCUGCUACCAUCACCAUCAACACCUUCUGCAAGCAGGAAGGGGACCGUCUGAGUGACGAGGACUUGUUCAAGUUCCUGGCAGACAUCAAGAAGUUCUCAUCCCUGCACAGAAGAAUUAAAACCAUAUCAGGUAUGAUUAAACUGGAUGUGACCCCGGUCCAUGACAACCCAAUGGCAUGUCUCUCUGCUGAGCUGAUCCCAGUCAAACCAGUGGCUGAGAAGAACCUGAGACCUAUCAAAGAGGUGUUGGAGUUCCCUUCCAGCGAGGUCUAUGUUCCACACAGCACUUACAGGAACCUGUUCUAUGUGUACCCCCAGCGGCUCAACUUUGUCAACAGGCUGACUUCAGCAAGGAACAUCACCAUUAAAAUCCAGUUUAUGAGUGGAGAAGACCCGAGCUGUGUGCUGCCUGUCAUUUUUGGAAAAUCAAAUGGUCCCGAGUUUGUGCAAGAAGUAUACACCCCAGUCACGUACCAUAACAAGUCUCCAGACUUCUAUGAGGAGGUGAAGAUAGCUCUGCCUGCCAGGCUGACUGAGAGACACCACCUUUUGUUUACCUUCUACCAUAUCAGCUGUCAACAGAAACAGAACCAGACAGCCACCAGUGAGACGUUCAUAGGAUUCUCUUGGCUGCCUAUACUGAGUUGUGACAGAUUACAGACUGGUCAGUACUGCCUUCCCAUCGCCCUGGACAGACUGCCUGUCAACUACUCACUGCACUCACCUGAGAAAAUUCCCCCUCAGGUCCCUCCAGUCAAGUGGAUGGAGAGCCACAAAGGAGUGUUCAACCUGGAGAUACAGGCUGUGUCUUCUGUACACACACAGGAUAACCACUUGGAGCGUUUCUUCACGUUGUGCCAUGCCCUGGAGGGCGGAGCGACGUUCCCACUCCGGGUUCGGGAAGAGAAGAUUCCGGAGAACAAGCUGGAGCACGAGCUGAAGCUGAGCAUCAUCUCCCUGCCCUCCUCCAGACUGGAACCUCUGGUCCUCUACCUCCACCUGGUCUUAGAUCAACUCUUCACCCUCAUCAUGCAGCCCAUGGUCAUCGCUGGACAGAUAGCCAACCUAGCCCAGAUAGCUUUUGAGUCGGUGGUGUCCAUCGUCAACAGUCUCCACAACAGCCAGGAGCUGGCCAGGGACCAGCAGGGUAGGAACGGUCUCCUAGCAACAUACCUGUACUGGGUGUUCCGCCUGGCCGACUCUCCCCGGGAUCUCCUCAACACAGGUCCAGAUGGGGUGUUACCUCCCACUGAGGGCCGCUACAGUACUAUGGGGCGGGCCUCAGCCACCACAGUAGGAGCCAUGUUACUGCAGUCUCGGCUCCGAAGCAGCAGCAACCCUGAUAUACCUGCUCCACACAGUGCAGAGGACACAGAGGUCAAAAACAUCCUGUCAGCUAAGGGCUACAACAAUCCAGGCUGUCGCAUGUCCACCUAUGUGGAUUCGAGCAGCCACCCUCAGAGGUCUACAGGCGGGACCCGGCCCUCCAACAGAAAGCAGUUCCAUGAAGAGUUGGCUCUACAGAUGGUGGUCAGCACGGGAGUCUGCAGAGAGAAUGCAUACAAAUACGCCUGGUUCUUCUUUGAACUGUUGGUGAAGAGCAUGGCCCAGCAUGUGUCUCAGCUGGAGAAGCAGAACGUCCCUCGCAGGAGCCGCUUCUCAGACCGCUUCAAAGAUGACAUCACCACCAUCGUCUCUGUGGUUACCGCCGAGAUGGGGACCAUCCUGGUCAAACAGAAGGAGAUGGAGCAGGCAGAGAAGGUCAACAUCAGCCUUGCCUUCUUCCUGUAUGACCUGCUGUCUCUCAUGGACCGAGGCUUCGUCUUCAUCCUGGUCAAAAACUACUGCAACCAGAUGUCGGCAAAGAGCAUUUCCAUGCCAACCAUGAUCGGUAUACGAUUGGAGUUCCUGCGUAUCCUGUGCAGUCAUGAGCACUACCUCAACCUCAGCCUUUACUUCAGUAGUCCCGCCUCCGAACCCGCCUCCCCAUGCCCAUCCAUCUCCUCACAGAGCUCCAGUUCAUGUAGUUUCCAGGAGCAGAGGAUCCUGGGGCUGUUUGAUCUGUCUCAGGAGUUUAAACAGCAGCACUACCUUACUGGUCUACUGCUCACCGAGCUCAGCGCUGCACUGGACAUGGAAUCAGAGGGGUCAGUAGACACACACAGGGGUAAGGUCCAGAGGAAGGCCAUCAACGCCACUUACAGUCUGCUGUGUGCCCAUGACCUGGACCAGCGCUGUGCCAAGCCAGAGGUCAGGGCCAAGGUGGCCACUCUCUACCUCCCCCUGGUGGGCAUCAUCAUUGACUCCAUCAACUACCUGGACUUCACAGUGUCCGAGGCUCGCGGAGGGAAGAACAAGACAGGUGGAUCAGACGAAGACCCCGACAACGUCACGCCCAUCAAUCAGUCUAUUGCCAUGGCGAUCGCCGGCAACCCCUUCAUCACCUUGGCGAGGAAUGCCCUGCCUUCCAUGGCGUCUGUGUCUGCUAAGGCCGUGGCCACCCUGUCAGCAGAGACCAGUCGUAACCUGCUGCUGUGUUUCCUGUGGGUGAUGAAGAGCGCUGAGAGGAGUCUGAUCCAGCGUUGGACUGUGGACAUGCCCUCAGCACAGCUCAACAGACUGCUAGAACUACUCACCAUCUGUGUUUCCUGCUUUGAGUACAGGGGGAAGCAGAGCAGUGAUAAGGUGAGCACGCAGGCCUUACAGAAGUCCCAGCAGGCCAAGAUGCAGCUGGAGGACUCCCUACUGAGGGGCAUCGGAGCACGGGGGGAAAUGAUGCGCCGGGUUGGAGGAAGUGACCGCGCAGGUCAGAGAGAGAACCUACGCUGGAGGAAAGACCUGACGCAGUGGAGGCAGACCAACGACAGACAAGACAAAACGAAAGCAGAGCUGGACCAGGAGGCUCUAAUCAGUGGGAAUUUGGCUACUGAGUCCAACCUCAUUGUCCUGGACCUACUGGAGACCAUAGUACAGGCUGUUCCGUUGGCUGACUGUAAGGACAGUGUCGUGGGCGGAGUACUGAGGGUGUUGCUACACUGUCUCACCUGCAACCAGAGCACAACCUUCCUGUCUCACUGCUUCAGCACGCUCCGAGCGCUCAUCGUCAAGUUUGGUGACCUGUUGUUUGAAGAGGAAGCCGAGCAGUGUGCGGACCUGUGUCAGAAGGUUCUCCAGUACUGUAGCAGCCACGAGGAUGGAAACAGAAGCCAGGCCUGCGCUACCCUAUACCUCAUCAUGAGAUGCAGCUUCAGCUCGGCCAACAACUUCUCCCGGGUGAAGAUGCAGGUGACCAUGUCUCUAGCCUCUCUGGUGGGGAAGUCGGAGGACUUCCAUGAGGAGUACCUCCGCAGGUCCCUACGCACCAUACUGGCCUAUGCCGAGGAGGACACAGAGAUGCAGAGCACACCUCUUCCCUCGCAGGUUGAUGAGCUGCUGAGGAACCUGAACAGUAUCCUGUCAGACACGGUGAAGAUGAGAGAGUUCCAAGAAGAUCCAGAGAUGCUCAUGGACCUCAUGUAUAGGAUAGCAAAGGGUUACCAGACGUCGCCUGACCUGAGGUUGACCUGGCUGCAGAACAUGGCGGAGAAACACAAGAACAGGAAGUGUUUUACAGAGUCGGCCAUGUGUCUGGUCCACGCUGCAGCCCUGGUGGCUGAAUACCUCAGCAUGCUGGAGGACCACAAAUACCUACCUGUGGGCAGCGUCACCUUUCAGAACAUCUCUCCCAACGUUCUGGAGGAGUCGGCAGUGUCCGAUGACGUCCUGUCCCCAGACGAAGACGGAGUCUGUUCAGGGCGAUACUUCACCACCGGUGGAAUGGUGGUCUUACUGGAGCAGGCAGCAGAACUCUUCAGCCAGGGUGGUCUUUAUGAGGCAGUGAAUGAGGUGUACAAGAUCAUUAUGCCUGUCCUGGAGGCUCACAGAGAUUUCCGGGAGCUGGGCUCCGCUCACCACAAACUCCAGAGAGCCUUCGACAACAUCAUUCAGAAGGGCCAUAAGAGGAUGUUUGGGACAUAUUUCCGAGUGGGGUUUUACGGGGCCAAGUUUGGAGACCUGGACGAACGAGAGUUUGUUUACAAGGAGCCAGGGAUCACCCACCUGCCAGAGAUAUCCCACAGACUGGAGAACUUCUACAGUCAGUGUUUUGGAGAUGCCCUGGAGAUGAUCAAAGACUCGAAAGACAUAGACAGGAGCAAACUGGAUGCCAACAAGGCCUACAUCCAGAUCACCUAUGUGGAGCCCUUCUUUGACGAUUAUGAGAUGAAAAACCGCCUGACCAACUUUGAGAAGAACUUCAACCUGCGUCGCUUCAUGUACACCACGCCCUUCACCAAGGCCGGGCGGCCGCGCGGCGAGCUCAACGAGCAGUACAAGAGGAAGACCAUCCUCACCACCAUGCACGCCUUUCCUUACAUCAAGACACGCAUCAACGUCAUCCAGAAAGAAGAGUUUGACCUGACUCCCAUUGAGGUGGCCAUCGAGGACAUGCAGAAGAAGACCAGGGAGUUAGCGGUAGCCACACACAGGGAGCAGCCCGAUGCUAAGAUGCUCCAGAUGCUUCUACAGGGCUCUGUGGGAGCCACCGUCAACCAGGGACCAUUGGAGGUGGCCCAGGUCUUUCUGAAUGAGAUCCCAGCGGACCCCAAGCUCUUCCGUCACCACAACAAACUGCGCUUGUGUUUCAAAGAGUUCAUAAUGAGGUGUGGUGAGGCUGUGGAGAAGAACAAGCACCUGAUCACGAUGGACCAGAAGGAGUACCAGCAGGAGCUGAAGAAGAACUACAACCGUCUCAGAGAGAACCUGCGGCCCAUGCUGGAGCGGAAGAUACCCGAGCUCUACAAACCCAUCAUCAAACCACGCUUGGAGAACAGAGAUUCCAUCAAACGGCUCAGUUUCCGCAGAGCCCCGGAGGAAAACUCCUGAGAAGGACAGAUUUAUCUAUCUGAGAGAAUCUCCAGAGGCCGGAGAAGAAAGGAUGCUGUAAAAGUAGAAAGAGGUGAAGAGGAGAAGGGAUCUAGCAGUCCUCCUUCACCAUGGAAGAGCAGUUCCAACAUGAUUACACAAUGGAGGACUUACAAUCAUGUCUGAAUCAACACAACAUUGCAAUACAAUGUCAUUGCUUGUUGUUUGUUCUUUUUUUUUACAAGAAGCACAAAUACGUGGUGUGAGACCAUAAUGAGCACAUUACGUAGCAGGUAAUGUGCAAUAUUUAUCAAAUUUGGCAUUUACCAGUUUUUUUCAUAUUGCUAGUUCUCCCGAGUUCUAUGAUUACUGUGAGUCCUAACGAUGCUGCAAACUGCUGUGGGUUUGAGAAAGAAGGGUAAAAGUCUCACAUUAAGGUCUUUGCAGGGCCAGGGACUGUAUGUGUGUGCCCGUGCACCACAAUACAAUGGAACAUGUUUUCUUUUUGUAAGUGUCCUGAUAAGGAAUGCAUGAAAUCUGACUCAUACUAAAUGACUGACGAUAAAUCACUCUGUUCUCUGCAAAAGCCCUUCUGGACUUGCACUUGUAUGUGUGCAACUCUAUAGACUCUCACACUGUAAAAAUAGAACUCCCCAGUUAACUCGUAAUGCUAUAUUUUAGAAAUACUCAGUGUACAAAACAUUAAUUUUUAGUUGCACCCCAUUUUGCCCUCAGAACAUCCUGAGGGCAAAAUUCGCCGGGGCAUGGCUAGAAGUUGUCGAAAGCCUUUCACAGGGAUGCUGGCCCAUGUUGACCCCAAUGCUUCCCACAGUUGUGUCAAUUUGGCUGGAUGUCCUUUGGAUGGUGGACCGUUCUUGAUACACACGGGAAACUGUUGAGCGUGAAAAACCCUGCAGCGUUGCAGUUCUUGGCGCACUGAAACGUGUGUGCCUGGUACCUACUACCAUAACCUGUUCAAAGGCAUUUAAAAAAAUUGUCUUGACCAUUCACCCUCUGAAUGGCACACAUACACAAUCGUGUACACUGAUUGAAGUGGAUUUAACAAGUGACAUCCAUAAGGGAUCAUAGCUUUUACCUGGAUUGAAUUUAUCAGUCUAUGUCAUGGACAGAGUUCCAAGUGUUUUGUACACACUCAGUUUUGGACAUA